GUCUCUCUUUUCCUCUAUUUCCUUCUUCUCCCCUCUAUAUAUUUUCCAAACGCCCUCUGAUAGAGAGAGAAUAAACUCUUCUCUCUAUAACUCUCUCUUUCUCUCUCUUGGGGCUCCUCCAAGGCGAUUUUAGGGUUGGAGAUCGGUGUAAAGCACCGAUUUUUUGAACGGAUCUUUCUCUGCCAAACAGGAGAGUUGGUAAAAUGGAUCAUGAUGAGACUGGAUGCCAAGCUCAUCCAGAGGGUCCCAUUUUGUGCAUCAACAAUUGUGGGUUCUUUGGAAGCCCGGCAACUAUGAACAUGUGUUCCAAGUGCCACAAAGAUAUGAUGUUGAAACAAGAGCAGGCUAAACUUGCUGCAUCAUCCAUAGACAGCAUUGUUAAUGGAUCGUCAAGCAACAAUGGAAAGGAACCUGCUAUUGCAUCCACUGUGGAUGUGCAAGUUGAUGCAAAGGAGCCAAAGAUCAUUUCUGUGCAGUCAUCCUUUUCUUUUGGCUCUGAGGGGAGUGGCGAGGCCAAGCCAAAGGAGGGUCCAAACCGGUGCAGCACCUGCAAGAAACGAGUUGGUUUGACAGGAUUCAAUUGUCGAUGCGGUCACCUUUUCUGUGCAACACACCGCUACUCAGACAAACAUGACUGCCCUUUUGAUUAUCGCACUGCUGCACGGGAUGCGAUAGCUAAAGCCAACCCUGUUGUCAAGGCAGAAAAGCUGGAUAAAAUCUAAAUCUGAUGGGAUGAAGUGCAUGAACUGAAUAUGAUGUCUUUUCAUCCCUGAGAUUUCUGAUGAUUUGGCUGCAUAUCUUAUCAGGUGUUCUUUUAUAUUGAUGUAUUUCCUUGGAGGCCUGACAGUCCCGACAUCUCUGCAGUUUGAAGAACUUUAUAUUCCAUGUGAUUGGCGAGAUUUGUUUAUUGGCUACCUGUUUCUUAAGUCUUUGUCUGUGCUGGUUUGGUGGACAUCAUCAUGGUUAGGUUUGUAAUAUGUCAUUCUGGUUCAAAUGGCAUUUCUAUUUAGUAGUAAAUCUCAAAAUGGUAUGUGCAAUUCCCAAAUGAUAUGGAAGACAUCCAUGGAUAUCAUCAUGGCUAUCUUUGUAAAUUAUGUUUCUGCUCUCAUGGUAUCUUUCUAGUAAUACAUAUCAAAUUGCACCA